AUGGCGGACAAGGAGAUCCCCCUCAUUCUUGGAAAUGACCUCUCCAUGCAUCUUGGCGACGUUGGGGAUGUCGGUGAUGUCGAUGACCUUUUCGGCGAUGCCUCAGCCUUACCGCUCCGGCCCACAGGCAUGCAGCUCGACCAACGGAUAGAUAGGCUGAGAAACCGCGGCUGCUACCAGACUGUUGCAUGGUCAAGGGUUGGGACCAUUGCCAGCAUCACUGCCGAUGGCCAAGAGCUGGAGCUUCGAUAUCUCCGAUGCAGGCCUGACAAUGGCGAGUGGGAGCUCACUGAGCCUACGACCUGUGCCCUCGUCAAAGGCUCUCCGGAGAUCCCGCUGGUGCAUCUGGAGUGGGCAAUCACUAACAACCCGGAACUGGCCAUCUUCGAUGCCUCGGGGCGUGUGGCCCUGCUCAUCUUUUCCACAACAAUCACACACCCCUUCCUGGUAAGGAAAUGGGAUACAGACAUCGUAGAUGAGAUGCAGUCGAUUGCCGGAGCUCAUUGGCUACCGGUGGCCCCAAACACCCAGCCGGCAGCAGCUGCCAACUCGGCGAAUGCCGGCAACCGCCAGAGCUUCAACGUCGUGUUCGGCCCCGCCGUCAAGAAUCCCCAAGGGAAUUAUCAAUACGAAUCCUCCUUUGUGCAUGCAGAGGGCCCUAACCAUCCCCUUCAAGCUAGGACCGCCUUGCUCUGUGUUACCAUGGGAGGUAUUCUCAAGAUGUUUUGGAUGCAGCUGAAUAACAAGAUGGAGGAGACCACCCUGGAGCUGGAGAGCAUUCGCACCGCAGACGAGAUAGUGACGCAUGCCGCCUUUGCAUCUGAAAAGAGUUUGUUCACACCCCGCUCUUUCUUUUUAGAAUACCUGAUCCUUGCCCUGGUCACCGCAUCGAAGCAGCUCAAGUUCGUCAAGGUAGAAAUUCACUGGGGAAGCCAGCCCGGGAAGGCUGCAGGGCCGCAGAAUACUCGGUACAAUGCGACUCUUGUAGAGAAGCACUGUGCCACUGCUGGUUGGUCGUUGGAUUCCCUCGAGGAUGCAUCGAUGCCUGAGAUAUCUCACUUGCUUGCCCUGCCGUCGAUAUUGGACAAUUCCGGGAAGAACAUGGCGCCGCCCGUGAUUGUAUCUGUUCGGUCCCGGCCGCCCGGCGCCGGUCCGUUCCCGCCUGCUCAGUCCAUCAUCGAUCGCUGGGAGGCUGUUGAGCAGCGCCAUUGGCUGCAUCCGGCUAUCGAGCAACUCGGCAACAGAAGAAACAGUGUAUCCUCCGAGCCAUCAACAGGCACCUUUCUGCGCCCUCUGGAGCCAAUCGUCAUUCCCAAAUGUAUAAUUAACAUACAGUCGGCACGAUAUGGAAAGAUCCUCAUCAUUACCUUUGCGGAUGGCUCGGUUGAGUACCGGGAUAGGUACACUUUCGAGGAGAUAUACACUACGCGCGAAACGGCCAAACUAUCAAAUCUGCGCGAAGCAGGAUGGAAUUUCGCAGAGGAUAUGCCAUGCCAACAAACUGCUUUCUCGCCUACCUUCUGCUCCAUGGUCGUUAUGGGAGAGGAUGGCAAGCUCAAAUGGAACAAGCUCAAAUACCCCGACGGUGAUUUUGGGAACAGCAUGCAGGACGAACAAUAUGCCGCCACUAUUGCCGGCCUUACAAUCACGGCAGCAACAUCCAUCAGAUCCCAAACCAACUUUGACGACAUGCUAGCCGUUGUCAGACCCCAUAUCUCCAAGAAGAAGCUCAUGCAGGAUUGGGUGGGCGAACUUAUUCGAAUCCUUAAUAUACAGGUUGACUAUUCAGGGGAACACUCUCAUGACGCUCUCCUUAAGAAUGAACAGAUGCGAUCAUGUCUGAGCAUUCUCAUCAAUCUCGGCUUCAAGGGGGACACCCAACCCAGGAGUUUCCAGAGUACACAUGCUCUCAUAGCGGCGACGGUGCGAAGCACUGCUUGGAACAUCACUUUAGCCAGUAGCUCGCACUUCCCAGUGACAGGAAAGAAGAGCCCACUUGACGAUCACGGUACGUACAUGCGCAAUCUCGAGGGUGACAAAUUUCACAAGGCUAAUACGACUGCAGAGGUGGUGGAUGUGCUUGUCACAUCUGUCCGUUGGUCAUUGGACCUGAUCGCCUGGCUCUCGGACUCUCUGUUCGAACUCAUGAAUGACGAUGAGUUCAUCGGGCUACUCACCCCUGCACGCACAAAUGAACUUGCCAUUUAUCUACAUACCAAAAAUGACGUCUCCCUGCAGCUACUCCUGUGUUCGAGCAGCCGGAGCUUUUUGAUGGCACUGUGCCGUAGAAUAGGGCACCUGGCAUUGCUUAGCAACAAGGCGAUGGAAUUUUAUCGAAAACAGUCGGCCGAGGCCAACGCAGCCAAGGCACCGAAUCCUUACUUGAGACAGGCUUACCAGAGGCUCCAGCAGGCCACGAGCUCUGGAUUCGUGAGUGUAGGAGAGUUUGAAAAGCUGAUAACUGCCCUUAAGAUGGGCAUCAUGCAGUCGUAUGAUAACGUCCUAACCGCCAUGGUCAAGCGACAACCAAACCCACCUCAAGGGAAACAAGAAGACGAGGCUGUCAAGGUAGCUCGCUCCCAGUGUGAGACUAGAAUGCUGUUGGCAGCGGCUCCUCACCCCAGCCUGAUACCCGUGUUGAAGAAAUUCUUCACUGAGGACGUUCCAGCGUUCCGCAAGACCACGGAUCCAGCCAAGCUCUUCUUCGGAGAAUUUGAUGUCCUUGAUGUGUCUGUCGACCAGGGCGAUGUGGAUGGUGUGAAGUGGGCACACAUCGACGUCCUGUCCAAAACAAAACUUCACAUGAGCCCAACCCAGCAGUGGAGGAGAUGCACACGUUGCACGGCGGUCAUGGAGGAGCUCCCUGGUAGAGGACCAGGUUUUACUUUCUUAUUCAGUCAGCAGCGGCGGUGUUUGUGCAGUGGGACCUGGGCAGUAUUGCCGCAAGGCAAACUUAUUUAA